CCCUCUCCCCCUCGCACACCUCUCCUCAACUGAAAAUCUCGAAGGGAGGAAGCGGUCAGUGGUCGCCUCGCCGCCACGCACCCACCCUCCUCCCCCGGCGCCUCGCCGCUCCGCCAUGCUUCCGAGGCCGAGCCAGAGAAGCAUCUUCCACCUCGGGGAGGAGGGUGGCUACGACGACCACCACCGCGGCGCCGGCGACGAGCAUGCCAAGAGCAUCGAUGCUGCUGCUACUCGCCACGACAGAGGGCGCCGAGACCUCGGGCGGCAAUGGCGGAAGAGAGACGCCGCCGCCGACGCGGCAGGCGGCGUCGGGCUGCAGAUCCUGGUCCGCCAGCACCACCACCACCACACGCGGGCGCCGCCGCCGCACUCGCACAUCGUCCUGAAGCAGCAGGUGGUCCUGCUGUCGACGGCGGCGCGCCACUGCCGCGGGCCGUGCGGCAGCUUCUUGAGGGCCUGCUCCCGCUGCCGGAGGGAGCUCAGCCCCAACAAGGACGUGUACAUGUACAGAGGCGACCAGGGAUUCUGCAGCGAGGAGUGCCGGUGGCGGCAGAUGUUGUUGGACGAGGCGAGGGAGCACGAGGCCUUGGUCAAGAAGGAGCGCAUGCGGCGAGGCUUGCACCAACCUCACCAUCUCCACCACGGGGCGCCACGGCCGGCGGCGAUCCGCGGCGCGCCGAGGAGACUAGUCGCGGUAGCCUACUAGGUAGGCUAGGCUAGCAUCUGGGGACGAUGCAUAGAGAGAUGGCCACUACUCUCUGUAUACAUACCGGUGAUGAUAUGAUAUCCUUGCCAUCAGAAGAGAGAUCGAGACGGGGGGGAAUUGAGUAAUUCGAGGUGCAAAAUUGAAGUUUCAUGGAGGAUACAGGGGAGAACCGCGAAUAUUCUGUACUGAUGAUGAAGCCGAACGAACUGCCAUGUCUAGCUGUUUGUGUAAACUAGAGGGGUUUAGGGCAAGAUAUGCAGAGAAUCCCAUGAACACGAGGUCGAAGCGAGUGAUGACUGUUUUUCAGCGCCAGUUGCAAGCCUGUGCGGUUGCUAUCAUUUUGUAAGUUGCUCUCGUCAACCCAUCCAAUGAAAUGGAAAGAAGCGAAGAAUAUAUGAAAACAUGUACAAAUGUAUCUGCAA